GUCUUCUAUUUUCUUCUUCGUCUUUCACAAUCGUCCAUCAAACCCUAAAAAACCCCCAAAAAUUUUCUUUUAUUUAUUUAUUUUUAAUUUUCCAAUCGGAAACUUUGAUCCAGAUCCGGUCCGAUCUGGAAGCUCUGGAAGACCUCAAGCUAUGUCGUCGUUCUCCUCCUCCUCAUCAGAACCCCCGCCGCCUUGUUCAGAAAUCCGAAUCCGAUCGGUAUGGGCCGAUAACCUCGACGACGAGUUCGACAAGAUCCGAUCCGUGAUCGACGAAUUCCCGAUGAUCUCCAUGGACACGGAGUUUCCCGGCGUCGUUUUCCGGCCCAACGCCGAGGAUCCGAAUUUCCGGCACCUGGAUCGCGCCGACGCGAACUAUCUCGUUCUCAAGGCGAACGUGGACCGGCUGAAUCUGAUCCAGGUCGGGCUGACUCUCUCGGACCGCGGCGGGAAUUUGCCGGAUUUAGGAUCGGAGAACAAGUAUAUUUGGGAAUUCAAUUUCAGAGACUUCGACGUGGGGCGUGACCCCCACGCUCACGACUCCAUCGAGUUGCUGCGGCGGCAGGGCAUCGAUUUCGAGCGCAACCGGGACAGAGGGAUCGACUCGUACAAAUUCGCCCAGCUGAUGAUGUCAUCGGGCCUCGUGUGCAACGAGGACGUGACGUGGAUCACGUUUCACAGCGCGUACGAUUUCGGAUACCUGGUCAAGCUGUUGACGCAGCAAGCGUUGCCGGAGGAGCUGCCGGGAUUCUUGAACCGGGUGAAGGUGUUCUUUGGUUCCGGAGGGUACGACGUGAAGCACCUGACCAAGUUCUGUGCUCAUCUCUAUGGUGGAUUGGACCGGGUUUGCCAGGCCUUAAAUGUGGGCCGGGCCAUUGGAAAAAGCCACCAGGCCGGGUCGGAUAGCCUCCUGACUUUGCAUGCGUACCAGAGGAUCAAAGAGCUCUUCUUUAGCAAAGAUGGAAUAGAGCAGUACGCUGGCGUUUUGUAUGGUCUAGAGGUUUAGUGAUUUUUCAUUGAAAUCUACUCCUUAUAGAUUUCUGUCUCUGUUAAGUAAAUUUUGUAUACAGUUUGCUUCAUCAAUAUUAUUAGGCUUUAUUAAUUCUUUCUAA